AUGGCCCUUGGAUCUUGGAUUUCGAGGCGACGCUACGAGGGGCGGGAUUCUCCAGCCGCCAAGACAUCGAAUGCUCACCGACAUUCGGCACCCCCAAGAUAUUCCCUUCGUCUUCCGCAUGUCUCCCAGAACGUUGCCAGUCAAUCAAAUGGCGGCACUUCCAUAAAUUUCAGAUUGCAGCUGAUAUUUCGUCGCCGAAUGUUCCCGAACGGUGUACCCAACGACAACUAUCACGAAAAAGCAAAAACUAUCACGAAAAAGCAAAGAAGCAAACAUACAUUGCAGCAUCCCUCGCCUCCAUCACCCCGACGCCGUCAAGAGUCAGACACUGCCCGACAUCUGGCACCCCCACAACAUUUCGCCCUAUUCGCUCAAAGACGGCCGUCGCCGUGCACGACCACCACGACAAAGACAUCUCUCUCUCUCUCAUACAAACAGGGUUUCGCUCCAAAGUAG